AUGUGGUCGAAGCUCAGCAAUGCCCUCGGUAGGCAUCGACAUGAAUCCGACGCUUCAGCCUCGAGUUCGCAGUCUCAGCGGAGCGAGGUGCUCGACAAAGUCUACGAGCAACACCCAAAUCUCUCCGUAUUUCAUACCCAUGAGGAGGAACCUCAAGAGGAGAGCCCAGAGGUGCCAUUUCCCAAUAAUCCUAGCCCGCCGAGUUCGCCGUCAAGACAUGGACGAGUAGGUCUGUUCAAACGGCACUCGAGGGUGAGGGACGACGACUCGAUACGAGCCCCGUCGCCUUUGCUUGGAUUUCCAAAGAAGGUCAGAUCUACACUCAAUCUCAGACAUAAUAAUUCUCAACAAUCACUUUCUCGUGCGUCUGGUGAUGCAGCGCGUGCAUCACAGGAUACUCUUUCUAGAGCCUCAGUAGACUUGCUUUCCCCAUCUGAAGUGAAGCCACCCCCUCGAACUUCCUCUCGAAGUAUGUUCGGGUCGUCCAGAGACAUCUCUUUUGAAUCGACCGACUCCUCAUCUAGCAGCAAAGGCCCCCUGCAAAUAUCCACCAAUAUUCCCCGUAACACUCCGUCUCCCCUCGUCGUUGACACCAAGCUGGGGUCUGUAAGGUCUAUUCUUCGUGGGCCGAACACACCUGGCACAGGUCAGAACGUUAGGUUCUUCUCAAGAGAUGCGUACAAGGUUCUCAGCCCUGAGAACUCUGUGGACUCUGAAGCAUCACACCCUGCGCCGUCCACUGAGCUCUUCGACCGUCUGCAACGUGCGCGGCCAGCGCUGGACGAGCCACCUCGCUCUGCAUUGUCCCCGAAGUCUUCUCGACCUUCUCUAGCAGAGGUGUUCUCUCCAAUGUCGGAUUCAUCAAAGCUGGAGCUUCCAAGCAGAGACCAAACGAACCUAUUCGACAUUUCGCAAGGCUUGGAACUCCCACCUAUACCAUCCGACCUCGACAUUAAUAUUGAAGAACCAGACAUGGAACCCCCUGGGUCUCAUUCCGAUACUGGAAUGUUGACUUCGACUCCGUUCAAACAGGCGAAGCCCAAGGAAGAGUUUGUAAUCGAAGCACCAGUCGACGAUACUAUAUUCCAUUCGCUCGAGAAAUCCCCCGAACUUCCCCCGGUGCUGCACGACCGCAGUCAAUCAUUCAGCUUUGGUCAAACCGUCUUCUUCUCGAUGAACCAAGAACAGGCGGGCAAGGUAGCUACGGCGACGGCUGACAACAAAUCCCAAGGUUCACCAGCGAACUCCUCACCAAUGAUGAGGAAUCGAAGCCGUGCCAUGAGUGACACUGUAUUCCAGAAUAUGAUGCGCUCUCCCCCUCCUAAACACCCCGAAGCCGAUAUCAACGACGAGCAGUCUUCCGACUUAGUUGUUUACUCGGCACCGAAACCCGAGCCAGAUCCAUUCAGCGCCAAUGCGAACACCUACUACACCCCUCAGACUCUGAUUCCAACAACUCCGCCCCAAGGACCGCCAAAACACGCCCGCAAGUCAUCCAAGGAAGAAGGCAUCAUUGCCUCGCUUCAGACUCAGUUAACGCUGCAAACCGAGCUUUGCUCACAGUACGAAACCGACUUGCAUGCGCGCGACGAACUGGUGGAUAUACUCAACAAGAAAUUGACUGAUCUCGAGAAGGAAGAUGCUAAACGUCGGAACGUGCUACGUAAUUGGAAGAAGAAGGUCGCCGAGCUCGAGAAGGCUUGUCGUUAUCUCGAAGAGGAAGUCGAGGGGUCUCGGCAGGCAAGCUUCGAACGAAGCAUUAUGGACGAAGCCAGUGGCGAGGCUUUACGAAUGCUUCAUCGACAAAUUGCCGGCCUCGAACGGGAGAAGUCUGAUUGGGAACGGCGGGAGGCCAACCUUCAAGCUGAAGUUGUGGGUUUGGAGGAACAGAUGAGAGCUCGUGAUGAAGAACUCGCAAGACUUCGGGAAGUCGGUCAGAACCAACGCGAACUGCAAGAGGGUAUCCUUGGUAUAUCUCAGCAAUGGGAGCAGAUGGGCAACACGAGCAUCGGUACAUUGGACGAUACUAUAAUGCGUAAGAUCAACGCUGCCGCCGAUGGUGAUCCGGAGAGAGAGGCUGAAGCCGCCGAGCAGUUGCGUGUUGUCCAGCUGGCUUGGGAGGCUGAAAGGGCUGAGCUCGUCAUCAGGACCGAAAACAUGCAGGUUGAGAAGACCGCGUUGGAGGACAAGUUAACCGAGACCAUGGAUCAGUUACACACGCGGGACGAGGAGUAUCAGACUCUGAAGUCAGAGCUCGAAGCUCAAUGGCAACAUACUGAGAAGAUGUCCGAAAGCCUGCAAGGUUUACAACUCGAGCGCAAUGAGUUGGAGCUGGAGAGAGACACGCUGAAAAGCAGGCUUGAAGAUCUCGAGCAGCAACUCGCUACCACUGGUUCAGAUAUGGUUCAGAUUGACGCUCUGAAGAGAGACCUUGCAGACAUGGAGCAGCGGUACGCGGACUUGGAGGCAGAACGAGAGGAACAACAUGGGGAGUUUGAAGCCGAGUUCCAACAAGUCUCAGAAGCGAAACACGCUCUCGAAGCUGAGAAAGAGGAGCUCGAAGACAUCAUUCGACAGGAGCAAGAGCACGCUGAGGAGCUAACAUUGGUGCUUCAAGAACGUGACAACCAACUGGAGCAAACGCAAGAACAAUGCGAACGUCUUCAGCAUGAACUACAUGACCGUGACGACCGCAUCACCGAACUGACGAGAGAACAUACCCAUGCCCUGAGCAACGUGAGCCGCCUCGAAGGGCUCAUCCGCCAGCGCGACAACGAGAUAGACGAGUACUCCAAGCGCAUCCUGGAGCGUGAAUCUGAAGCGUCGGCUCUUCGGGAACAGAUGACGAACAUGAAGCGCGAGCAGACUCGGGUAGUUGACGAUCGGACGAGAGAACUGCAAGAUGUCCUUCGACAAGAAAGCGAGUCACGAUCUCGCAUGGAGACCCUGAUCAAAGAGAGGACUGAAGCGACCUUCGAAGCGAGCACCUUGAAAGGACGUGUUGAUGCGCUGUCGGCCGAGUUAGAGAAACUGCGUCGUCACGUUCACGAAUUGCAGCAAGAGAGUGCAGAUAAGGAGGUGAAGAUAGUCCAGCUGAACAAAGCGCGGGCACAGGAUAAGGAGGAUAUGCAGGGGUUGAAUAUCGCCCUCGAUUCUAAACAGCAAGAACUCGAAUUGAUCAAACGCAAGAUGGGUGUCCGCGGUACCGCUGGGAGCACUCCGGCGCAACCAUCGAAGACAGCGCACCACCGACGGGAUUCGUCUGCAUUCUCGACGCCCAGCAUAUCUCGACCGUCUUCAAGGCCGCCCUCUGUAAUAUCAGAGUCGGGAUUGAGUAUCAAAGAACGCAAGAUCACUGAUACUCCCGCUGCUUCGGCGAAGAUACCCGCUCUCGGUAAGAGCAUUCGGGCUAAUAGCACUGCGACGCCGUCGAUUGCCAGUAAGACCAGUCGAGGCAUAGAGGGCUCUAUGGGGCCGCCGCCCAACAAACGGCUCUCUCUUGCUGGAACACCAACUCCUAGUGGUAGAGUGUCUUCGCUAUCUCGAAAGUCAUCGAUUGGUCCAGGACCUUCAGCAUUCCCCGUUCCGCCAACACACAAACCCCUUCGUCGUAUAUCCUCCACUAGUUCUGAGAAAGAUCAUUCACCGCCUGAUACACGAUCUCUUCUCGCCAACGUGAAGCUUAGACCCGUUAAGAAGGUGGAUCCGGACACAAGCAGGUCUCCGCCACAACAAAACAAAGAAAAUGUCGAAUCCACUCCACGAGCCAUCCCCGCCUGA